CACUUCCUUUCAAGUAACACUCUACUCGGCAUGCAUGCACGCCUGAUGGACAACAGGAAGUCUACUGCAGUCUUUUUUUGAGGAAAUUUGAUAUGAGAAAUACCAAACAUUUGCUAAAAUAUAUUUCGUUUACCUCAAGAAAUAGUUUUCGUCGAAGUUCUUCAAAAAUACCCACGAUAUUUUGUGUCCGGCCUAUGUCCUCAGAUCACCUUGAAAGAACAGCCAGUAACACUAGACACAACGUUGUGUCUCGUGCGACAGUUGUCAAGGUGAAGGAUGAGUCGUCCACUGUCAAAAAGUUAUCCUUGAAGGUCCAUGAUAAGAGUUUGUUCUUCAAGGCUGGGCAAUGGGUUGAUAUGAUGAUACCCAAUGUUGCCAAAGUAGGUGGCUUUUCCAUGUGCUCGUCACCACGGCAACUUGUUGAAGAUAACCUGUUGGAGCUAGCAGUCAAGAGAAGCGAUCACCCACCAGCAUUAUGGGUGCAUACACAGUGUACAGAAGGCGUAGAGGUGGAUAUACGAUCAGGCGGAGACACAUUCUAUGACCCGAAACCUACUGAUCCAUCGUCGGACCUCCUCCUGAUAGCUGGCGGAAUCGGAAUAAAUCCACUCUACAGUAUCGUAUGUCAUGUAACAGAUCUAUUACGGACCAAGGAAGAAACAAAGGGGGAUAACUCAAUAGGGGCAGAUAACUCCGUCUAUACACCAGGCAGCGUUCGCUUGUUAUACUCUGCCAGCUGUGAAGAUGAACUCAUAUUUCAGAGAGAGUUAUCGGAGGUAGCCAAGCAGUUCUCUUGUAUAGACUGUCAGUAUUUUGUAACCAGGAAACCCACCCAGCUUACCUCACCACAUGUCAAAAACCGCAGGAUUAACAGUGAGGACAUUCAGGAUUCAUUAAAGAAAUUGAGAAAGGAGAAAACCAUUGUUUAUAUUUGCGGCCCUUCCCCUAUGAUAGAAGCCAUGGAAACCAUCGUCCAGGAAGCUGGAAUUGAUCGACAACGUAUCCAAUACGAGAAGUGGUGGUAGCUGUAUAACCUCACAGACUUUGUUCCAUUUUUCUUCAAAGGAAGUUGAAGCAUCUUCUAAGAAAUAAUAAGUUACAUACCUUUUCUGACGAAGCAUGAUAAAAAUGACCAUAGACUUUUUCAAGGUCACAGUUUUCUAUUGUUUAAGAGUUUCAAUUGUGUUGUUUUGAUAUAGGUCUCCAUUAAUUAGAAGAAUGAUAUUCUUUUACUAUAUUUGAAUAAAUGAGCGUUAAAUGAG